AUGUUUAGAAUCAGGAAUCAUUUGCUCAAUAUUAGACAUAUAUUGCGACAAAAACGCGUGGUUAUCCAAGUCGCUGAAAUAUGUCAGUACCCCCCACUACAAUGCAAGGUCCAAGUACGAGAACCGUGUCCUCCCAAACUGCCCCCACCUCCUCCGAAGCCCAAAGACGACAGUGCGUUUUGGGGAGCUAUGACUGUAGUUUUUCUAGCCGCUGGAUUUGCUGUGAUAGCAAAGCGGUCACCAGAAAUUCGUGACUGGAUAACAAUCUACGCUCCCUGGUUUGACGAUUUUAUUGCCAUUGCGUAUGAAGAGAAUAUGACAUAUAGAGAAUUUUUUAAAAAAUGUAUCGAAGAUGUUAAGGAUUAUUUUAAUGCAAUAAUAACGGAAGGUGAAAAACCUAAGAUUUGUUCUGAUGAAUCAGAAAAACCUGCUCUCAAAUCUAUAGAUAAAAAUAAACCGUGUGAAGAACCUAAACCGAUUGUCGUUACAAAAACCGUUUGUGAAAUUAUCGAACGCCUAAAAGAUCGCGGUAACGAAGCCCUUAGUAAUUAUUAUACUGCUUCAACUGCUUGCUCCCUUUAUAACCAGGUCAUCAAACAAGCGUACAACUCACUUGAUGGUAAUGGAUUACCGAAACUUAUAAACGCCUGCAAACCAGAAGCGUUUCUGGCCAUACCCAUAAUCCCCCCAGUAGCUCUGGUUGUUGCAGAAACGAUGCAAAAUUUCUCGAUACCAACGUUAAAGGAACUGCGCGGUCACAUGAUAGAGCGUUUAAAUUUAGUGAAGGAAUCGUUAAAAAAGGCAGAAGAGGCAACUGCUGAUAUUGAGGAUCUUACACGGUACUUCGAGUGUGGAGUUAAGGGAUCUAAAGAGGAUAUAGAAAGUACUAAAGUUCUAAUGAAUGAUUAUCAACAAAAAAUUAAAGCUUCUCGCAUUCAGUAUCAAUGGGAAAACGACAAAUCUGUGGUUUUGGAUGAUCAAUGGCAAAAGGUAGAAAAUUUGAUAGAUAAAUAUGUGAUAGAAAAUGAAACGAUAUUCCCGGAGAUAAAAUAUGAACAGGAAAGGUUGCAGCUUCAAGGAGAUCUAGAUUUAUUGAUUUAUCAUACCAAUCGAUAUACUCAACAGUUAAAGUCUGAGUUAAAAGACGUCGUGGUCGGAAUGACCGAUAGAGUUAGUCGAGCAUUUGAGACAUUACCUCAAGGAGACAAAGAGAGAAAAAAUAGGGAAUCAAUAAUGAACUCCAUGCUUAAGCAGAAGAGAGUUGAAAUGGACAAAGAAUAUAAGAAGAGACUAGACGAACAAAAGAGUGCAAAUGAUAAAAUACUUAAGGACUCACUAAAGAAACAGCUGGAACGACAUCAAGAUACAAUGGAGAAGAAAGUUAUACAAAAAGAAAGAGAGGCAACAGAAAAGUUAAGUAUUUUGGUCGCUGAAAAAGUUGCGUUUGAAAAGAAAUUGUUCGCCAAGCAACUCAAAGAAAUGGCUGCUAAACUGAAAGUCGUCGAGGAUAAACUAAACGCUCAUUUAAAAGUGGAGAGAGAAAUUAGACGGUCACAAGAGCUAUGGAUUGCAGGAGCGUCUUUACUGACGGCUACGAAAAAAGGAGAACCUUAUGUAAACGUUGAUAAAGAGUUGAGGGCCAUUGAAAAAGCUGCAGGUUACGAAGAUAAAUUAGUUACCACUGUAUUGAAAUCUAUACCACAAUCAGUCCGAGAGAAAGGCUUGGUACCGGAAAGUGUCCUAAGAGAAAAAUAUCAUCAGAUGGAGAAAACUGCUUUGAAAGUCGCUCUUGUAGAACAAGAUGGAGCGCCUCUAUUUGUCUAUUUUCUUUCUUGGUUGCAAUCACUGUUACUAUUUAUGAAGAUAUCAGGUAUUCCACAACAAGAGGCAGAAAAAAUCCCAGACGAACCUAUCAAAGAUUUGGACACAUUUGAUCUACUGCAGAGGGCGAGGUACUGGUUAGAGCGAAACAAUCUAGCAGCAGCUAUUCGCUAUGUGAAUGCACUAGAAGGCGCUUCUAAGGCCGCCGCCUUCUCCUGGACCGAGGCCGCGAGGUCUCACCUCGAGACGAGGCAGGCAGCUCAGGCUGUACUUGCCCAUGCUGCGGCUUUAGGACUGCAGUAUAUAUAAUGCUAAUAAAUUAUAUUCUGUGCUCCAAUAUUAGGAACUAUAUAACCCUUAAUUAAAAAUCGCAUAAUUAAUUUUUAUUGUAUUUUAAUUACAAAUUAUAAUAAAUAUGAAUAUUCAAAUGUAAUAAAUACAACAUUUUACGUUUGGAAUUGCAAAAGA